UAGUAGAGACCUCCUCCUCAUAUUUUUUUUAACUGAUAUUUUUCUAACUUAUUAUCAGUUAAUUAGAGUAUCGUUUAAGAUCAGUACUUGUGACUUGUGAGGAGUGAAGAUUUUUGGAAGGAAUUUUUACUUCGAUCAUUGAAGAUAUGUCCACCUCCGCCGAUAUGCAUCAUCAUCAAUGGGCUUUCAUUUUUGGUAUCUUAGGAAAUAUUGUUUCGAUCAUGGUGUGCCUUGCACCAUUGCCGACAUUUUAUCGCAUUUAUAAGAAGAAAGCAACAGAAGGAUUUCAAUCAAUACCUUAUGUGGUUUCACUAUUUAGUGCCAUGCUUUGGAUUUACUAUGCAGUACUCAAAACUGAUGCUUUCUUACUAAUCACCAUUAACUCCAUCGGAUGUGUCAUUGAAACCAUUUAUAUCACCAUAUUUCUCAUCUACGCACCAAAAAAUGCCAGGAUUAUGACUAUAAAGAUACUUGGGUUAUUGAAUUUUGGGCUAUUUAGUUUGAUCCUGAUACUAACAAUGUUGUUAGCGAACGGUUUAACCCGCCUUACUAUACUUGGAUGGGUUUGUGUUGCUUUCUCCGCUUGUGUUUUUGCAGCCCCGUUAAGCAUAAUGAGAUUAGUAAUAAAAACAAAGAGUGUAGAGUUCAUGCCUUUCUCGUUGUCAUUCUUCCUCACAUUGAGCGCAAUUUUAUGGUUUUCUUAUGGUCUUCUACUUAAAGAUUUAUAUGUCGCUUUACCAAAUGUAGCAGGAUUCGUUUUUGGAGUUCUUCAGAUGUUAAUGUACGCAAUUUACAAGAACAAAAAGCAAGUCGUUGUUGUAACAACCGAAGAAGAUAAAGAACAUCGUUAUCAAGAAAAUAACAAGUUACCAAACGCUCAUGAUCACCAACACGUUUCUGGUAAUAGAACAACGACAACUACUAUUAAUGGAGAUCAUGUCAUUAGGCUUAACACCAUGGGAAGUGCAGAAGUACAUCCAAUAGACUUGCAAAUAAUAGUUUUGGAUCAUACUCAUCAUCUUGAAAACAUGCAGCAGCAGCAAGUUAUAGACCAACAAGAUGACAAAGUCGCUGGAAAAAAUAUGGAAGUAGUAGAAGUAUAAAAUCAUAUCAACAGUGAGUUGUUGUAAAGCAGUUGACAGAGCUCCACUUGUUUUGCUUGGAAGCACUCUUUUCUCUAUUGUAACUUUUAUGUACGUGUACACGUAGAGCCCCAAAAAGAUGUAUCCGGACCUCGCAUUAAUAUGAUGUUUGGCAAAAAUAAGU